AUGUUUGAAGACUUCUCGUUCUCCUCCCCCUCCUCGUCCAGGCCACCCCGCCUUGCCCUGGACGACGACAAACCCAUGACCGACUGCGACAGCUCCAUGAUCUCGCCUUUGUCCUCGCGGUGUCCCUCGCCUCGAUCGUUCGCGCCGCCACGAUUCCCUCCUUCGAGAUCGCUGUACUUUCGCUCUCCGCAACAGCAACAACAACAACAGGCACCCACCUCGGUCCCCCUCGCCGCAUACGACCACCGUCUCUCGAUCGGCACCCUCACCAAGAAACUCCACGAACACACAAUCCAAAACCCAUCGAGCCUCGAGCAAACCUCGCGUCCUGCAUCCCCUUCAUCAACCCCAACCCCUCGCUCCUCCUACUCCUCCCGCUUCCCAGGCUACGUCCUGACCCCACCAGACACCGACCACGACGACGAGGGCUACGGCUCCCCAAUGUCCCCUUCUCUCUCCCCGCAGCCACAAUCUCCAUUUUUGAACCCGACCUCCGCCCCGCUAGACUUCGAUCCCUUCAUGCAAGCCGACCUCUCGGUCUCCGCAGACCCCAUCCGCACCCGCCGCCAACACCUCUCCAGGCUCCAAGUCCAAUACAACACCACCGACCUCGACGCCAUCCGCUGCGCACUCGCUGCCGCCGCGGACGACAAAGUACGCCACUUCAACCCCGUCCUCACGGAAGCGUGCCACCCUUCCUCCCUCCCGCCAACUCAAGGCCCGCGACGCCGGCGCACGGCCAGUCUGCGGGGCUCCCGCGUGCGGUCACCCGUCAGCCCGGAUGCACCCCCGGGCUCGUCUGGUGACUCGCCUCUCCGUCGGAAGAGUGUAUCCGGGACCGGGGGUUCGUCGCAUCGGAUUGAGAAGGGGUACCAGACGUCGUCCGGACGGGAUCGGAAGAAGAGCGAGGCGGGACUUAGGCGGAAGAGUGUUGUUGGGGCAGCGUUGGCCUCGAUGCUCGAGCAGGGAGAGUGA